AUGCCACCCCGAUCCAGCAAGCGCAUCGCGACCAAGGAGGCGGCGCGGGUCCUCAGCGAUGACGACGGCGUGCUGGACGACGACGACCGGUGCAUCAUCAUGGGCAACCAGCAAGCGAAGGACUACUUCUCGUCGCGCAAGUUCCGGAAGCGAGCGAAAGACGACAAGAAGAUCUCGGGCAUCCAGCUCCUUGGUGGCGCCGAGGUCCACCGCGAGCUCGUCAAGUGGGACAAGGCCCACGACGAAGACGUCUCGGUCGCGAUCCUCGCCGAGUACGAGGCGCAUCGCUUUCCAACGUGGCGGAACCAGCUCUCGGCCGGCUUCAACCUCCUCUUCACGGGCUUUGGCUCCAAGAUCCAGCUACUUCAGGCCUUUGGCCGCCUCGUUGGCGCAGACGAGCACGUCAUGCACGUGCAUGGGUACCUGCCCUCGGUCUCGAUGCGCUUCGUCGUCGCCUUCCUCUUUGACAAACUCUUUAAAAAGAAGAUCUCGGGGGGUCGGUCUCUCGAAGACCAGUGCGCCGAGCUCGCACGGCUACUCGGACUGCACCGGUCCAAGCAGGUCUGCAUUGUCGUGCACUCGAUCGACGGGUCGGCGCUUCGGUCGAGCGAUACGCAGAAGGCGUGGAGCCUCCUAGCGCAGUGCUCUCAAAUCCACUUGGUCGCUAGCGUCGACCACGUGAACGCAGCGUCGCUCUGGGACGAGUCCGAGGCUAAGCGCUUUGGGUGGCUCGAGCACACGGUCAACACGAUGGCGCCGUACACGAGCGAGGUCUUGGUGACGGGCUGGAGUGGCGCCAUGGGUCGCGACGACAAGCACGCCGUGAGCGGCAUUCAGUACAUCCUCGAGAGCCUCACGCCGUCGGACCUCGCGAUGCUCCGGUACCUCGGCACCGAGCAGCUCAAGGGCCAGAAGCUCUCGUACAAGCAGUGGGAGACGCACUGCUGCAAGCAACUGCUCGCGACGCCCGCGGCCAUGCGCAACACGCGCAAGGUGCUCGAGGAGCACGGGUUGAUCCAAGUGCUGCGCGGUGACGCGGUGGUUCGCAUUCCGUUUGGUGACCACGUGAUCCAGCAAGUGAUUCUCGACGAAGCCGCUCUCGAGGAGAUUCCGUAGGCAG